AUGGGAUCAUUAUCAAUUAUGUUCAACAUUUUUGUAAUCAUAGUAUUAGUGAAAGGGAAUCCUAAAUACCAUGCCGUGCACAACAUUUUACUACUUAAUAUAUCAGUGUCGGAUUUAUUACUGUCGUCUGUAGCCUAUCCAUUGUGGGCUUCUACCAACUUCUAUUACAGAUGGAUAUGGCCAGAGGCUGUGUGUGCAUUUUCUGCGUUUUGGUGUUUCACACUAGCACAAAAUGAUAUGAAUACAUUGGCAGCCAUUGCGAUAUGUCGGUACAUCAUUGUAUGCAAACCUCAAUACGAAUAUUAUUUGAAAAAGCCUAAUUUCAAAUAUUGGAUUUUAGUAGUGGUCUGGACUCAUUCUGUGAUGAACACGGUUCCACCAUUCUUUGGAUGGAGUUCAUACAAACAGGAAGUCUUCGGCACUUCAUGUAGUAUCGACUGGACCGGAAAAUCCGCUUCAGUUAUAUCAUAUAACAUUGUAGUUACACUGACCUGCUACUGUGUACAUUUAGUCAUAUUUUGCUACUGUUAUACAUAUAUAAUUCGGGAAUUAACAACUUUACCUAAUCCGCCUAUAUCAGAACAUAUAAUUCCAGUAGAAAGAGUACGGUGGUAUCACAGAGUGUCAACAUCGAGGGCAGUGACAGUGACUUCGUUAUCAAUGGUAGGCGUGUUUCUGAUAGCAUGGACGCCAUAUACCGUUGUAUCAAUUUAUAGUAUAUGGUCUGAUAGUUUAUCUACAUGGAUGCUUCUGUUACCAACGCUACUAGCAAAAAGUUGUACAUUGCUUAAUCCGACAGUAUGUGCUUUAAUGAGUAGCAAAUUCAGGAAGGCAGCAAGGAUGAUGUUUUGUAAAAAUAAAAGAAUACAUCCAACUGUUGCUGUGUUUGCAGUUCCCGAAUUAAGGAAUAGCACUACCUCGUCGUGCUUAAGAAUUAGUGGUCACGAUGAAACAAUUCAAUAUCGAGGAAAUUUGGCCCAAAAUGAUGUCUUCAUAGGUGAUAUGACAAUAACAUUGCCAGUUGAUAAUAAUUUAGUAUGAUUGAUUUAGAGGUACACUGUACAUUCAACUAUAAGUAAGAGCUGAUAAAACUUCUAAUGCAGACAUUAUAGUUGUAGAGCUCAAGCCUAUACAACUGAAAGAUGUGCCUCUGCAACAGAAACAACUUUUCACCAU